CAGGCAGCGCGCACUCGCGCGUGCGUGAGCUGGCGCGCGAGAAAGCGCCCGGUCGCGCCGAGGCUCGAGCGGCCGUCGCCAUUUUGUAGGGUUCUCUCUGACGCGGGACCCGCCGCCACCGCCGCCACCACCCGGAGGCUCUUGUCAGGAUGGUGAAGCUGUUCAUUGGAAAUCUGCCCCGGGAGGCCACAGAGCAGGAGAUCCGCUCACUCUUCGAGCAGUACGGGAAGGUGCUGGAAUGUGACAUCAUUAAGAAUUAUGGCUUUGUGCACAUAGAGGACAAGACGGCCGCUGAGGAUGCCAUACGCAACCUGCACCACUACAAGCUGCACGGAGUGAACAUCAAUGUGGAAGCCAGCAAGAAUAAGAGCAAAGCUUCAACCAAGUUACACGUGGGCAACAUCAGCCCCACCUGUACCAACCAAGAGCUUCGGGCCAAGUUUGAGGAGUACGGCCCAGUCAUCGAAUGUGACAUCGUGAAAGAUUAUGCCUUUGUACACAUGGAGCGGGCAGAGGAUGCGGUGGAGGCCAUCAGGGGCCUCGACAACACAGAGUUUCAAGGCAAACGAAUGCAUGUACAGUUGUCAACCAGCCGGCUUCGGACUGCCCCUGGGAUGGGAGACCAGAGUGGUUGCUAUCGGUGUGGUAAAGAAGGACAUUGGUCCAAAGAGUGCCCAGUAGACCGUACAGGGCGUGUGGCAGACUUUACUGAGCAGUACAAUGAACAGUACGGAGCAGUGCGCACACCUUAUACUAUGGGUUAUGGGGAGUCCAUGUAUUACAACGAUGCCUACGGAGCACUUGACUACUAUAAGCGCUACCGCGUCCGAUCUUACGAAGCUGUGGCGGCGGCGGCUGCAGCUUCCGCAUACAAUUAUGCAGAGCAGACCAUGUCUCAUCUUCCUCAAGUCCAGAGCUCAGCUGUACCCAGUCACCUCAACUCCACUUCUGUUGAUCCUUAUGACAGACACCUAUUGCAGAACUCUGGCUCUGCUGCCACCUCAGCUGCAAUGGCUGCUGCCGCUUCCUCUUCCUAUUAUGGAAGGGACAGGAGCCCACUACGUCGGAAUGCGGCUGUGCUCCCCGCAGUUGGAGAGGGCUAUGGUUAUGGGCCAGAGAGCGAGAUGUCUCAGGCUUCAGCAGCUGCUCGGAAUUCUCUGUAUGACAUGGCCCGGUAUGAGCGGGAGCAGUAUGUGGACCGAACACGGUACUCAGCCUUUUAAAAACUGGAGGUAGGAUAAUUGCGGACUGAACCCUCGGGCUGCGGUCAUAUAUGAGAACUUGGUCCUCGCGGUCCCCUUUGCCAGGAUGUUUCCAUUGCUUCAUGUUUCAGUAAACAAAGGAAUUUGUGACCAACUAUGUUUUCUUUCUUAAUUUAAUUCUCCUAAGUUGACUUUUCUUCCCUCGAUGCUAGCUGUCUGUAGCUUUUCACUCUGUUCCUUAUGGCCGCCCUCAGCUCUGAACAGCCCUAGGUAAGGGUUAGGCUGACAUCCCUUCCUGUACAGUAGAAGCCCCUCUUAACCUUGCUUUUCUUAGGAGUUGAGCCCUUCUCCCUGCCUUCCUGCAGCAUCUCCUUUCCCUUUGAAAUGACCGUGUAGUGGCAAGCAACCUUUAACUCUUCGGUUAGUGCGGGACUCGGAACAUUGAAGCUAGUCUUCUGAAGUUGCUAGGACCAUUGGGUUUGUUGUUGUUUUGGUUUGAUUUUGUUUUGUUUUUCGGUUUUGUCUGACCUGUGAUCGUGGUACAGCAUUUGCUGAAAUUUAGCCUUGUUUUAUUCCACUCCUCCCACAUUUUCUUUUGAAAAAAAAAAUAAAUAAAAUAAAUGUUUCUAAUACUUAA